CCUUGUCCCUUGCUCAGAUCGCCAUGGAUCGGAUGAAGAAGAUCAAACGGCAGCUGUCAAUGACACUCCGAGGUGGCCGAGGCAUAGACAAGACCAAUGGUGCCCCUGAGCAGAUAGGCCUGGAUGAGAGUGGUGGUGGUGGCGGCAGUGACCCUGGAGAGGCCCCCACACGUGCUGCUCCUGGGGAACUUCGUUCUGCACGGGGCCCACUCAGCUCUGCACCAGAGAUUGUGCACGAGGACAUGAAGAUGGGGUCUGAUGGGGAGAGUGACCAGGCUUCAGCCACUUCCUCGGAUGAGGUGCAGUCUCCAGUGAGAGUGCGCAUGCGCAACCAUCCCCCACGCAAGAUCUCCACUGAGGACAUCAACAAGCGCCUAUCGCUACCAGCUGACAUCCGGCUGCCUGAGGGCUACCUGGAGAAGCUGACCCUCAAUAGCCCCAUCUUUGACAAGCCCCUCAGCCGCCGCCUCCGUCGUGUCAGCCUAUCUGAGAUUGGCUUUGGGAAACUGGAGACCUACAUUAAGCUGGACAAGCUGGGCGAGGGUACCUAUGCCACCGUCUACAAAGGCAAAAGCAAGCUCACAGACAACCUUGUGGCACUCAAGGAGAUCAGACUGGAACAUGAAGAGGGGGCACCCUGCACCGCCAUCCGGGAAGUGUCCCUGCUCAAGGACCUCAAACACGCCAACAUCGUUACGCUACAUGACAUUAUCCACACGGAGAAGUCCCUCACCCUUGUCUUUGAGUACCUGGACAAGGACCUGAAGCAGUACCUGGAUGACUGUGGGAACAUCAUCAACAUGCACAAUGUGAAACUGUUCCUGUUCCAGCUGCUCCGUGGCCUGGCCUACUGCCACCGGCAGAAGGUGCUACACCGAGACCUCAAGCCCCAGAACCUGCUCAUCAACGAGAGGGGAGAGCUCAAGCUGGCUGACUUUGGCCUGGCCCGAGCCAAGUCAAUCCCAACAAAGACAUACUCCAAUGAGGUGGUGACACUGUGGUACCGGCCCCCUGACAUCCUGCUCGGGUCCACGGACUACUCCACUCAGAUUGACAUGUGGGGUGUGGGCUGCAUCUUCUAUGAGAUGGCCACAGGCCGGCCCCUCUUCCCGGGCUCCACGGUGGAGGAACAGCUACACUUCAUCUUCCGCAUCUUAGGAACCCCAACUGAGGAGACGUGGCCAGGCAUCCUGUCCAAUGAGGAGUUCAAGACAUACAACUACCCCAAGUACCGAGCCGAGGCCCUUUUGAGCCACGCACCCCGACUUGAUAGCGACGGGGCCGACCUCCUCACCAAGCUGUUGCAGUUUGAGGGUCGAAAUCGGAUCUCCGCAGAAGAUGCCAUGAAACAUCCAUUCUUCCUCAGUUUGGGGGAGCGGAUCCACAAACUUCCUGACAGUGAGUGGAGCUGGGGAAUGAACCGGCCAGUGUGGGGACUGGGAAGCAGAACUGCUGGGGCCAGCUGGCGGGUUGUGUAGGAUUCUGGCUAUGCUACUCUAAGUGGGGGG